UCUGAAAUCAUGCAAAACCAAAGCCUUGUCACUGAGUUUGUCCUCCUGGGACUUUCACAAAAUCCACACGUUCAGAAAAUUGUAUUUGUUGCAAUUUUGUUCGACUACAUAGCCACUGCUGGAGGCAAUUUGAUCAUUGUUGUGACCAUCGUCAGCAGCCCAACUCUCCUGGCCUCCCCCAUGUACUUCUUCUUGGCUUUUCUCUCCUUCCUGGAUGCGUGCUACUCCUCUGUCAUUGCCCCAAAGGUGAUGGUGGAUUCCCUCUACGAAAAGAAAACCAUCUCAUUCGAGGGCUGCAUGACUCAACUCUUUGCUGAACAUUUAUUUGCUGGAGCAGAGAUCAUUGUCCUCACAGCCAUGGCCUUUGACCGCUAUGUGGCUAUUUGCAAGCCCCUGCACUACCCCUCUAUCAUGAACUGGAGGCUCUGUGGCAUCCUGAUGGCAGUAGCCUGGACUGGGGGGUUUUUGCAUUCUGUAAUACAAAUUCUCUUCACUUUUCACCUGCCUUUCUGUGGUCCCAACGUCAUUGAUCACUUUUUAUGUGAUUUAUACCCUUUAUUAGAGCUUGCCUGCACCGACACUCACAUCCUUGGCCUUUUUGUGGUGGCCAAUAGUGGAUUUAUCUGCCUCCUAAACUUCUCCUUGUUGCUUGUCUCCUAUUGUGUCAUCUUGCUGUCAUUGAGAACUCAUAGCUCUGAAGGCCAGAGGAAAGCUCUUUCCACCUGUGGAGCUCACAUUACUGUCGUGGUGUUGUUCUUUGUUCCCUGCAUAUUUCUGCAUGCCCGUCCUCCAUCGGCUUUCUCCUUCGACAAGAUGGUGGCCAUAUUUUACACGAUGGUGACUCCCCUGCUCAAUCCUUUGAUUUACACUUUCAGAAAUAAAGAAGUGAAAAAUGCCAUCAGGAAGUUGUGGACCAGACUGGUGGUGUUUUCUGAUAAACAUUUUUUAACAAUAAACUUAAAAUAG